AUGCGGACAACAGCUACGGUGUGGCUAGCGUACGCGCCGGAUGGACCCGCAGUAAAGUGCUCCGGCGGUCGCCCCGGCCUCCGCCCCGGCCAUGGGGAUGAAGAUGCCGGGAGUGCAUCCGAGAAUCUCCUCACAUACCGAGAAUGCCCCGAGGAUUUCAAGUUCGGGUCGUUGCCGAAGUCUAUGGCAAUGUCUAGCAACAUCGUUCCUCUUACCAUCAUCAAGGGCGCCGGCCAGGAGUUCAUCCCCCUCCCCAAUGGCGAGAACGCAACCACGGCCGACUUCCAUUCUAUCCGGACCAAGACUGCCGACUCCCCCAGUCACUUGACUUCAGGAUUCUAUAAGAUCACGGCUGGCCCUGAACGACCCGCGUCUUACACUUUCGAGGAGACCAAGUAUGUCCUCAGUGGUCAGAUCGACGUUUUGGACGAGGCUACCGGAAUCACCCACCACCUAGUCCCAGGAGACUUCGCUUUCUUCUACGUCGGAUCCAAGGUCAAGUUCUCGACCAAGUCCAACGGUUUGGCGUUCUAUGCUGUUACUCGACCCGUUCGAACUCCCCACCCCAACCUUUUGGGCCGAGAGGAAGACGUGAAGUCGAGGUUGUAAUAUAUGAAUAAUGAUAAAGAAAGUUCAUUUUUAUAUUUAUUUAACACCCUCCUGUGCACAACUGGAUGAGAUCUUU